AUGGCAGUGAAUUUCGUUCCCUCUGCUGCUUUAGCAAAAGCUGCAUCUGAGAAGGAUCUGAAUCAAAUUUCAGAAUGCAUUGGUUCCAAUUGGGAAAUGCUAGCACCUUUCCUUAUAGAGAGAAACUCAACAGCUACAGUAGAGCAGAUAAAAGAUGAUCAUAGACAAAGGUUAAAAGCGUGUAGAACAGGAUACCAGCGUCCAGAAACUCAGCAACAGCAAGCUUUAGGAGAGAGAAUGGAUGUUGGGCAGUCUGAUAUUAAUGAAGGUGACUUUAGAACAAUUCAGCAUUCUGAGCCAAUGCAAGGUGUGCAAGAGAGUCGGAACAGUAUGGGUCAGUUUGCUAAUAAUAGGCAGCCGCAGCCUUUGCAAGGUGUACAGGAAAUUCCACAAAGGAUCAGUGGAUUCCAAUCAAGUGUUGAUGAUGGUCAUAUGAGAAUGGAUGGUGGUCAAACAAGUGUGGAUGGGAGACAAAUAAGAAUGGAUGUGGAUGGAGGUCAACCACCUGUAUCAAGGGGUCAAUUAAGUGUGGAUGGGGGUUCAGUAUCUAGGGAUCAAUCAAGUGUGGAUGGAGGUCAACCACCUGUAUCUAGGGGUCAGUCUAGUUUGAAUCGGGGUCAAAGGUCCUUUAAAGAUGCUUGUUUGUAUGAUGGUCGUUUACUUGAUCUUAAUGAGGAUAUAAUUGAGAAUUUAAGAAGAGAAAAUAAGGAAAAAAUCGGAGAAGGUGCAUUUGGAAAUGUAUAUAAAAGUGCAUCUAAAUCAGAGGACUUUGGAAUACAUGUUGUUGUCAAGAAAAUACAUAUACCUUUAAGAUAUAGUUUUAUAGCACACACAAUAAAAAGGGAAAUGAUAACAUCCAGAAUUUUCCACCCAUUUAUUCUUCCUUUGCUAGCUGCUGUUGAGCCACCAUUACAGCCAGAUGGGGAAAGAGAGUUUUGGUUUGUCUCUCCACUUUGUGAAAACGGUGAUCUUUAUAAAGUCCUCAAACAUGACAGGAUGCAACAGAUUCCCAAACUGACUGCACCAAAAAGAGUGAAAAUUCUUCUCCAAGUUGCAUUAGCUAUCAAGUACAUCCACACUAAAGUGCAUGGUGUCAGAGCUGCAAUUCUUCACAAAGAUAUAGCCUCUAAAAAUAUUGUGUUGGAUGACGUGUUUAAUGCCCGCCUUAUUGACUUUGGUUUGGCAAGAGAAGAGGAUGAUAUGUCAAGUAUAGGUGGCGGAAGAGUGUAUUAUUUACAUCCUGAACAUGGAAAAGGAAAAAGUGCAAACGAGAGCUGGGAUUAUUAUAGUUUUGGUGUCAUUGUGAGAGAAAUGAUUACCACAUUUGGACCAGAAGGCCAGGGACCAACACACUUGAAGAACAUGGAAGCUGAAUAUAUCACGCAUAAUAUAUAUAAAAAAAUAUGGGAACAUGAUCAUCUAGAAAAUGCACAUGGAAAACUGAAUUAUAUCGCAACAAAACUGCUAGAACAGACUGAUUGGAAAGUUCAAGAUUUCACAUUUAAUGUCAUUGAGAAGUUAACAGAGAUAUAUAGAGCCAAUAAUUGUGAAAGCUGUUUACUUAAUAUUUCAAAGGAACGAGGUCAGGCUUGCCAUUCCUGUAUGAUCAAUACAAAAGGUAAGUGAUUACUUAUUUUUCACA